GAGGUGUUCUACGCCACGUAUGAUUGGAAAAAUCUUGUUGAGAAUAGAGCUCUGCAAAUUGGCUAAAACUAUACUAAGAACUAGCAAAAAGAAAUGGAGUCUUUAUUAUCCUUUUGUUUUCGAAAUUCUAAUCAACAUAUGAACCCUUGACAUAAACUUCCAUUUUUUCUGUAAAAAGUAUUGAACUUUACCAUGACAGCACUUGCUCAAAUUCUCAUUAAUUUAUCACCCUUAAAAACACCACAUGAUGCUUUGUACAGAAAACCAAACUUUCUUGGGCUGAAAUUACAGCGACCCAGUUGUUGUUUCACUAAUUUAAGUGCAAGAAAAGUGUCAAUUUGUAGUAGUUGGUAUAAAUUAGGAGCUUUUAAGGAGAAAAACUCAGUCUUGACAGAUAAAAAUGGGAUUUUUACGAAGGAGGAGAGAUGGGGUUGUGAGAAAAGAAUGGUUUUUGUGAAAUUUAAACAAGGUUUUGGAUUGGAUGGGAUUGGUGAUGGUGGGGGUGGUGGGAGGGAUAAUAGUGAGACUGUGAGAGUGUUGAGUAAUCUUGUUUUAGCAAUUGGGCUUACUUAUCUUACUAUGACUGGUCAGCUAGGUUGGAUCUUGGAUGCUAUCGUUUCUGUUUGGCUCCUUGCAGUUCUACUUCCAAUUUUAGGUUUGGGAGCUUUUAUUUGGUGGGCUGGACGAGAUAUUGUUCAAAGCGCUUGCCCAAACUGCGGGAAUGAAUUUCAAAUUUUCAAGUCUACUUUAAAUGAUGAGGUUCAGCUUUGCCCUUUCUGUACUCAGCCAUUCUCAGUUGUUGGCAAUAAGUUCGUGAGAGACCCAGUAACGUUCUCCAACCAGUCAACUACAUUUGGUCAAGCAUUCGGUGAUUUCAGUGCUCGUUCUAAGAAAGGUAAGAAUUCCUCUGUCGGAAUUGUUGAUAUAGAAGCAGAAGUUAAGGACGCGGACUAGGCAGUGGUCUCCAGUCAUACAGUAGCAUAUGGGAUUAUGAGAAGCAGCAGCAGCAGCUGAACGGGAAGAAGACAAGAACAUACCAUAUCAGUAUGAAGAGAAGCUUCUCACAAGCACUGUGCUGUUAUGAAAUACCAAAGAACACCACAUUUAGCAUAGGUUAUCAUGCAUGACUGUACAGUCGCGAACACAUGAUCAACAUAUUAUAGAGUAUUGCUGAUUAUGUUAGAAAAAAGUGUGUGAUACUAUUAUACUUGGUUGCAGUUGCCCUAUAGUAUACCAUAGCAUUGGAUAAGCUUAUCAUGUUUGUGAAAAUACUUUCUAGCUUCUCAUCGGUUGAUUGUAUUAUGAUGUAGUAAACAAUAACAUACCCCGUGUAAUUUGUAGUUUGGGAUCUUUGAAGGUUGAGAUGUAUGCACACCUUAUCCUCGCUUUCCAACUUUUUA